AUAACCCCCAGUGACUCUAGCCCCACUGACUGGGCUGUGAGCCUUGGAUCUGUGCUGCGCUCUGGCUUGGGAGCCCUGGUCAUCCCCAUCCAGAGGGUCAUCAUCCACCCGGCCUUCAAUGGCACCAACAUGGACCAUGACGUGGCUCUGUUGGAGCUGGCAGUCCCAGCCCCCAUGUCCUUAACCAUCCAGCCGGUCUGUCUGCCCUCACCGGUGCACCGCUUCCCCAAGAAUACGGAGUGCUACAUCACAGGCUGGGGGUCCAUGAGGGAAGGAGGUUUGUUGACCAACCUGCUGCAGAAAGCGGCGGUGAACAUCAUUGACCAGCCCGACUGCCAGCAGUCUUAUGGAAACGUGCUGACUCCUCACAUGAUGUGUGCUGGUUACAUGCAGGGAGGGAGGGACAGCUGUUCGGGAGACUCUGGAGGGCCGAUAACUUGCCGCAAGCCCUCUGGCCAGUGGUUUGUUGCUGGAGUGACCAGCUGGGGACAGGGAUGUGGGCGAAAUGGUUUUCCGGGGGUUUACACUCGUGUUACGUCUGUCAGGAAAUGGAUCUCUACAUACCUGCCUUUCUGAAGAGGGGAAAAAAGGAGCUGAACCCACAACAAAUGUGGAUUUUUAUGAUACAUCUUCUCCGGAAACUGUACUGUAAAAGGACCAAAGUCAUGCUAAAAGCCACACAUCCAUAGUCUCUUAAGUAUUGACCUGUGUGACCUACGGUGCAGUUAUCUGAACUUGGACCAUCUGCUUUCAUUAUGUACUGAAGAAAUAAGAAUACUGAACUGGAUUGUGGACAUUUUGAGAGCCCAUAUAUGAUAGAAAGUAUUUAUUUCAGUUAUUUAUUUUCUUCUGAACUAACUGUGCAUGGGGUAUUAUUAUGUUUUCAGUGGGGGGUGCCGAAUAUAUGUGGUUCAUAUAUGGGUAUAUUUUCUUCUUUCAUUCUUAGAAAAAGACAAUGCAAUGUAAUAGGUGUUCUAAAAGGUGGAUUUUCUGGGUAAAAUA